UAUUUGUUGCUUUUUCGAGUGUUGGGAUAAAUAAUUGUUAUCAUAUUUUAGUGAUUUUUACAAUGGAUAAUGCUGAAGAGAUAUUUCACUUCCUUGAGGAAUUUUCAAAACGUAAACAAAAAACAAUACCACAAGAACUUAAUGAUUACUUAGCUUAUGUGGCGCGUACCGGUGACCCAGUCUAUCAGUGGUCUCUUGUAAAAAGUUUGUUCAAGGAAAAAUUGCUUAAUGUUAUAACUGAUUUCUACGACACCACACCAGGUAUAGAUAUUCCUCCUUAUCCUAAUGUUGACCCUUUUAAUUAUGAUAUCAUGAAAAAUAGUUUGUUGGAGAGACUCGACUCGUUUACUUCUGCUCCGUUCACAGUACAAAGAAUUUGUGAGCUCCUAACUUAUCCUCGUAAACAAUAUAACCGGGUUGAUAAGUUCAUGAGAGCCAUAGAAAAGAAUAUUUUGGUCGUCAGUACUAGAGAGCCAGGUUUUCAGCGUCUUCCAGAACCAGAAAAUGGCGAACCCAUGGAGCAAAUUGUGAAUGGAUCAGAUAAUAAUUCGGAGUACAACGUUGAUGUUGAAAUGGAAGAUAUGUCAUGGAAAGAUAAUCCUGUUUCUAAACCGAGUUCCGAACCUCAGCCAGGGUCAUCCGAUGCUCAUAUUUCAGUAGAUGACAUAGAAGCACGAUUGCAUGCCAAGCAAGAAACAUCUCUUGCACAAGAUAAAGUUGUGACUCAAUAUGAAUCAGUAACUCCACCUGAGUUAAACAUCACUGAAAAUACAGAAAACAUAGAACAAAAACCUAAAGAAUCUGCAUCCGAAAUUCCGUCAACUAGUGACGAUGUGAAAAAUAACAAUAGCUCUCAAGAAUCAACUGAAACAAAAAUGGAUGUUGAAAUGAAAACUGAUGCAUUGGAUCAAGUUAUUACCAUUCCUGAAAUCAAGGUUGAUGAUGCUGAAACUACCGAACAAAAACUAAGCGAAGAAGCAAACUUAACUAAGAAUGUAGAAUCUGAUACUCAAAAGGAGAUUGUCGCUACAACCAAAUCAACUGAUAUAACAACUGAUGAAAGUAGCUCAGAUUCUAGUAAAGUCGUAGAGACUAAACACACUACUGAACUAUCGUCUAGUGAAGAGAGCUCCUCAAGUGACAACACAGAUGGCAAUAGUAAUUCACCCAAAACAGAUGAACAUAUUGAUGUGCAAGAUGAAUCUCAACCAAAUAAAACAAUUGAUAAUUCAGAAAAUUCAAAUAAAGAAAUUGAUACAAAUGCAAUAGAAUUGAUAAAUACAAAUACUCCACCAACUGAAGAAGACCCAUCAACAAACAAAAUAGAGUCUGAUAACUACUCUAUCUCUGAUGUGCAAUCAGAAUUACCCAAAGUAUCUGUGGUUGUUGAAAAUAAAACUGAAGAAUUAGAAAUGAAAGAAAACAUGAACGAUAAAGAAAAAGAGGAAACUGAAACUGUAACAACUGUACCUAAUGCAGAAAGUUAGUUGUUAAAUAAAUUAUUAACCGCUUACUUUAGCACAUGGCUGAUAAAGUCUAAAAUCAAGACUGCCUAAUUUUGUAUAAAACAAUUUGAUAAAUCAAUGAACAAUCUAAGAGGCCACCAGAUAAAACCAUCUGUUAACUAAUCAUCUGUGUGUAUGUGUUAAUAACUGAUUGUGUAUUUGAAUAAUUUGUGAUGAUAUUAGUACCUAAGAUUCAAUGUUUUCAUAUAAAUUAAUUUAAAUUCUGUAUUACAAAAAUAGGAGAAUUAAUAAUUAGUGGUACUAUAAUCAUAUUAAUAAGAUUAUGGUUCCAUUUAUUGUAA